AUGUUUUUGCCACUACUCGCUAAUUUCAAUACUUGCGAGCUUUGCAGAGCAACAUCAUCACAAGUGCAGCAAGUUGGCGGGCCACUUCAUAUUUUACAGAUUUGGGCAUGGGACAGAAUCAAGACAAUAGCCCCUACCAUCUCCCAGAUACAUCCCCUUCCAGAUACACCAAUUGGCAGUCGGUGGAGUAAUGCAAGAAGUAUUACCGAAGUUACAACGCAUGUGCUGGUGCAACUUCGGUACCAACUUGACCGCAUGGAAGCCGAAGAGUUUAUAUGGGAGCCAUACUCUGAUGAUGUGGUGGACGCUAUGCCAGAUUACUGUCUACAGGGUAGACAAAUAUGGAGAUCGGUUGUUCCACUGAUUUGUUUUCAUAUUGUUGAGUGGCAUCAACCUGACAGGGUGCUGAGACAAUUUGGAUUUUCUCAACCCAUUCCACAACCACCACGUCAAACAGAUGAUAUGCAUUCAAUAAAAUUAACUUCUUCAGCUACCAACUGGAUUACCGAGAACCAACAUUGGAUUACGCUCUGGGAGUCAAGAAUGAUUGCACGUCGGUGGGUGUCUCAAAAGGGUGCAUCAAUCGGCGCUGUGGAGGAUGGUCUGGAGAACUGCAGCUUAUGGGCGAGUCAAGUUCGUCACCCAACAGUAGAUAAGAUUGGAAAUGCAAUUAAUUCAAUGUUUUAUGCACUUCGUUUGUUCGAUCGCAUUUCCCAAGUACCACCUCCACAGCCGGCGCCACCUUCCCAACCGCUUCCGGAUGACGUACAUGACGCACCCUCCUCCUCCAGGAAUGCUCCACGACAACGUCGCCACACUACCAGGCCAUAA